AGUUUUCGUUUUCAGUUUCAGUGCAGUGUUUGUGCUGCUGGGUGUGACUGUGUGCGGUUUUUUCCACUGUCAGCAGAAAAAUCUUUCUGCAUACCUGCUAGGCGAAUGAAUCAGUUUCUGACACAAUCCUGACAGUAAAUGUCGAGUUUUUUCUAUCAACCCAGUAGUCUGAUGAGCUAGAAAUCGUUUACUCGAAAAUCCUCACCUUAUCAUACACCCCUUUUCAUGCAAAAACCUGAGCAAUACUAGUGUCAUGUGUGCUAAGACCCUUCAGUGAUUUUUCAAAUGAGUGCGGAACUUUACCUGUGAUUUGGAAUCGAUCGAAAUGAUCUGUGUUAAUUAGUGUGGUAUUUCGAAUUUCAUGUGUCUCUCCUGGAAAUUCUAUAAAGAUGAUGGAAUAUCCUGAACGGCAUCCCCAAUUUUGAUGCAGACUGAAGAAGAAGAGACACCUGCAGACCAAGACCAAGAACAAAUCUGUUGCUGUGAUUGCACAAGCAGCAGCAGCAGCAGCAGUAGUAGUAGUGAAGCCGGAGACCCCCCCAACCCCCUUGACCCCCCUGACCCCCUUUUCGAAAGUGCCCCCUUUGAUUUUCCGGUUGAAAAAGGUGCUCUCAACCUUAUUGUCAAAAUCGAGCCCAUUGUUGAAACCGACUCUCUUGUCAAAAGUGUGUCCCCUGAUCAUCUUGUCAAAAACGUGCCCCCUCUUGAAUCUGUUGUCAAAAACGAUAAUCUUGAACCUCUUGUUGAAAACGAUAACCUUGAGCCCUCUGUUGAAAAUUAUCCUUUUGUCAGAAACAACUCUUUGGAACCUUUUGAUCCCCUUGAUCCUCUCUCCAAAAACAACUUUCUUGACCCUCUUCCCGAAAACACCCUCCUCGACAAAAACGAUAACGUUGACUCUACUGAACACCUUGGUCAUUCCCCUUACUCCCCUGACCACCUUGAUUAUUUUUUCAAAAACGAUCCCCCUGACCCAAUUAACCCCAUUUCCAAAAACAAUCUUCAUCCCUCUGACCCCCUCGAUCCACCAAACCCCUCUGACUCCCCCAUCACCGUUUUCAAGAACAAUCUCCACUCAUCUGACCCCCUCAAUCCAAACCAUCCUGACUCCCUUAACCCCAUUUUCAAAAACAAUCUUGACCCCUCUGAUCCCUCACCGCCUCUCAAUGACCCCUCCGUCCUUGUCGUGACCCCGGCUACCCCCGACAGCCCUGACAUGGGUGGGGGCAAAGUACCGCCCCCCACCCCUACGCCGCCGCACAGCCCUGGCGCCCGCAGUGGGGCCUGCCCCAGUCCUGGCCCCCGCUUCAAGCUGCUGACUGAUGGCGAGGUGCAGUGCUGCUACCUGCAUCACACGCGCACCGUUGUCAGCAAAAUACUCGCCAGCAAGUUCCUACGUCGCUGGGAGAACCAUCGGCUCUACCUCAACGACACGCACAUCUCCUCAAAAACUCCUUCCACAUGUGUGAGUAGCCUGGACUAUACUCGCCUGGAGGACGUGUAUGUGAUAGGCAGGUGGGACGCGGGACCAAAGUUCUGCGUUUGCCUCGCAGUAAAAGAUGGAUCUCUUCUCCUUCAGGCAAAUAACGCUUACACACGGGAUCAGUGGUACCACUCUAUUAUGUGGAAGAAAAAUAUCUUCAAAUACCGUAAUAUUUUAAAACGUUCCGCUAGGUCUGAUGUUAUAGUUAAGGAAAUUAAGAAUUUAGUAGAUUUCGUGAAGUCAACUCCUAUUCAGGACGAGUGUGUGUCACAUGUGCCUAUUGAAAUUGUCUCUUCUGUUUUAGAAGAGAACUCAGACAGCUGGUGUACGGAGAAGGGUAUGAGUGAAGAGGUGUUGUCAGCCAUGCUUCCCCUACUGGAGAACACCCCUCCCACCCCGCAGAUGUGUCACGUGAUGAGUGCCCACUGCACCAACCACCCCCGCUCCCCGCUCAUUCAUGCCGCUUUCACACCCGUCAUACAUCGCAUACUCAAGCACAAUGUCGAUUUUAGCAAAUUUCCUCAUACGAGAAGAUUAGUUCAAGACUACAUUUAUGCUUUACACUCUCAUAACGAUGGCGUGGAUGUCAUACGAAGAUUUGUUGCAAGUGUGCACGGCCCCACAUCCGGUUGCCCACACCCGCGCGUUCUACCCAACCUGAUCUCGGUGUGCCUGGCCGCCCUGUUCGCGGAGUACGAAGUGCCUUCCAUGCUGCAGCGACGCAAUCUGCUCUCUGGCUCACCCGACACCAAAACUGAUGAAACUGAACUUAGCUCCAUUGUCAACUGCUACCUCAAUGUCUUUCACAAUGUUUGUGAGUACGACGAUUGGCUGCCCGGUUUGGCCCAGCUGCUUCAGCCAAUCCCGUUCCCGGACACGGCGCUGGCGAGUGCGGCGUUCGUGCGUCGAGUGUCGGGCGUGGUGAGUCGAGUGGGUCGCGACGCUCGUUGCAGCUCGCACCAGUGUGUGUUGGGCGUGCGCCACUCCAAGCCGGGUUGGUUCGACCUCCUCUGUCCGCAGAGCAUCGCCUGUGUCGACGAGGGACAACUGUGGGGUCAGAUGUUGGACACGCUGAUAAACUGCUGUUGCAAACGGAAGCCGUUCAUCUCGGAUUUGGUUGGCAAGCGAUUGGGAGCCUGUCUGCUGCUGGCCCUGAGAGACCACGACGCGGCGCAGACUGUGCUCAGCCUAGCAUUGGAGUGGCAGCUGAUUGCCGAACCAGACCAACGUAUGACUGUUGUCACAGCGCUACAGUCCACUGCCCAGGGACAGGUGCAUUACAGCAUGCUCUGUCAGCGAUUGGAUACCAUCAAUGAACUGCAACAAAAAGGAGGCCCUCGGAAGCUGACCCUGCCUAGCAGGUCAACUGAUAGCGACGUGAUACGCCUGCUGAGCGUGGGUGCUUUCGGCAACCUGGAAUGUCUCAGCCUGGCAUUCACGCAUGUCACCAGCGCAUGCGCAGAACAUCUCAUCAAACUGCCUGCGCUCAGAUAUCUCAAUCUGUGGGCCACCAAGUUUGGCGAUGCUGGCCUCAUGAUGAUCUGCGAACAUUUGCCAAAACUGCAAGUUCUUAAUCUGUGUGAAACCCCCGUAUCGGACAGGGGUAUCCUAGCUUUAUCUAGUAUGUCUAACUUGAAAAAACUGAACUUAAACAGCACACAACUUUCGGCCGAAGCUUUUGAGACGCUCAAACAGAAACUGCCAGGCUUACAAGAGAUGGACGUUCGUUAUACUGAGGCCUGGUGAUAAAUCCUUAUCGCAAAUAUUUUGCUGGUCAUAGUCUCCAGACUAUUGAUAAACAAAGUAAAAAUACUCUUGAAAGAUAUUUAUCUUUUUUUAUAUAGGACCAAGAACAAAUUCUAUCGGAAAUGUUUCACGAGAAAACUUUUCACAUUUUUAUCAGAAUACUGAUAAAUUUCGAAAACUACCUAGCCUACUAUUAGUAUUGUAUAGUUUUAACUUUCUCAAAUCAUAUCAACAUUAUCAAAUGCUUCAUCUUUAUGCAUUAACUUAUUGUGAGUUAUAAUCUGUGCUAAUCGCUCUCAAUUAUUGAUAACUUGAAGUUAUGUUGUGAGAAUAAUUAUUGAUUGAAUGUCUCAAUUAUUGCUGCGAAUCAAAAUGAAAUAAAUAUAUUUUUAUACAUUUACUGCA